GACUUGAAUUGCACAACAUAAAGGCAGCAUAAAAUAUUUGCUCUCUGAUUCCACAUAAAGAACUUCAGCUUUCUCUGGAAACUUAGAACUCUUUGGAAGCCAAACACUCCACAAUGAGCAGACAGAGGAGUUUCUCCUUGGCUCACCUCCUUCCUGAGGCUCAGAAUCUUUCAAUGUCUUAUGGCAUUGUGAUUCAAAAGAGCUUUCUGGCUUUCCUUGUUGCAAUGGGCAUCAUCGUGACCCUGGGUGACGCAUACUGCUGGAGGAAAAUUCACAAGCCAGGGGAGGUGAACAAAGAAGGCUGUAUGAUAAAUGGAAAACUGUAUCCCUUUGGACACAUUGAGAGGACAGAAGAUUGCUACAAAUGCGACUGCAGCGAAGGUGGAGUGGAAUGCUGUUCCCUCUUUCACACUCCUGUUGCUUUUGACAAAAAGAAAUGUAAAGUUGUUUUCAACAACAAGAGCUGUGACUAUGAUGUGGUGCAGAAGGACGACCCCUCAAAGCCGUGUUUUGUCUAUUCUCGUGUGGGCUAACACCUGCUCCAAACCUCUCUGCACUGUGGAAUUCCUCUCCUUCCUUCAGAUACUUUGCCAUCACAGAGAAGCAUGAUGACACAGAAAAUCUCAUAAAAGAGAGCAUUUCAGUAGCUCAUUUUGAACCUCCUAAUUGUCCUAAUUCAGCACACAAGAUGCAUAAUCAGAUAGUGUCUCGUUUCUGUCAUUACUGCAUUUGUUGACUAUAAUAAAUUAUGAUGAAACAUCCAUAAAUGCUUCA